ACCGAAUAUUAAACACACGGGAGCUCAGAAUCACUCACUUGGGAAAUUUUUCUGCUGCAGCAAAUGUUCUCCAAAAUAUCCUACUUGUGACCCUUUCAUGUUCCUAGCGGAGAUAAUACGGAAAGUUCUGUGCAUGCUGGAGGGAAAUGGUCAAUGCAUGGUUUGCGGAGCGUGUCCACUCUAUCCAGCCAUCUAGAGAAGGAUCGAAAGGCCCAGCAGAACCUUUAACAGCCCUCCAUACUCUGAAUGCAACUGAUGCACCAUCUUCCAGUCCAGCACCAUCCACCCCUACACGAAAGAUCUCUGCAUCUGAGUUUGAUAGGCCUCUUCGGCCUAUUGUCGUGAAGGACGCAGAGGGUGCGCUCACCUUCCUAAGUGAUACAGAAAGGGUACAGAUGCCGCUUCCUACCUCCCAGCGGCCAGGUGCAGGCAAUGGGACAGAUGAGGGGGGAGUUUGCAUGAAAACUGGUGGAAAUCGGGAAAACGAAGACCGUUGUGCUCGUCUGUUGGAGCUGGUACGUGAUGUUUCGAGUCAUUUGGACCUUACUGCCCUCUGCCACAAGAUCUUCUUGCAUACUCACGAGUUGAUAGCAGCAGAUCGCUACUCGUUCUUCCUGGUUUGUGAGGACAGCUCGAACAGGAAGUUCCUUGUUAGUCGGCUUUUUGAUGUCGCAGAGGGAUCCACUCUUGAGGAGGCCUCCAACCGUGGUAUUCGUCUUGAAUGGAACAAAGGCAUUGUGGGAUAUGUGGCUGCCACCGGACAGCCUCUGAACAUCAAGAAUGCUUAUGAGGAUCCACGCUUUAAUGCAGAGGUGGACCAGAUUACAGGAUAUAAGACGCAGAGCAUCUUGUGUUUGCCCAUUAAAAACCACAGAGAUGAAGUUGUCGGUGUAGCACAAGCAAUCAAUAAGAGGUGUGGAGAGAAUACAACCUUUACAGAACAGGAUGAGAAGGACUUUUCAUCAUAUCUGGCUUUCUCUGGCAUAGUGCUACACAAUGCACAGCUCUAUGAGACAUCACAACUAGAAAACAGGCGAAACCAGGUGUUGUUGGAUCUAGCCAGCCUGAUUUUCGAGGAGCAACAGUCUCUGGAGGUUCUCCUGAGGAAAACUGUAGCCACCAUUUUAUCUUUCAUGCAAGCCCAGGGAUGCACCAUCUUCAUUUCGGACAGAGAAACAGCCAACACAUUCUCCAGUGUGUUUAACAUGGAAUACGAGGACCUUGAUGGAUCUGUGGACUUCCCAAAUAGGGAAUGUGAUGUUAACAAGAUUAACUACAUGUACGCUCAGUUUGUAAAGAACACUAUGGAGCCACUGAACAUCGCAGAUGUCACCAAGGACCAGCGAUUUCCAUGGACAAGUGAAAAUCUGCAGGCCGCAAACGGUCAAGUUAAAAGUCUUCUAUGUUUGCCAAUUAGAAAUGGGAAAAAGGACAAAGUAAUAGGAGUCUGCCAGCUGGUCAAUAAGAUGGAUGAAGCUUCAGGGGAAGUGAAAGCCUUUAAUCGGAAUGACGAACAGUUCCUGGAGGCCUUUGCAGUCUUUUGUGGGCUGGGCAUCCAGAACACACAGAUGUACGAGACAGUGGAACGAGCAAUGGCUAAGCAAGAGGUCACACUUGAGGUUCUCUCAUAUCACGCCUCUGCGGCGGAGGAAGAGACGCAGGCGCUCCAGGUAACUGUGGCAGCUACCAUCCCUUCGGCUCAGUCUUACAGACUGCUGGACUUCAGCUUCAGCGAUUUUGACCUCACGGACACAGAGACGACCCAGGCAACCAUCCGUAUGUUUGUGGACCUCAAACUGGUGCAGAACUUUCAGAUGAAGUACAAGAGUUUGUGUCAGUGGAUAUUAAGUGUGAAAAAGAACUACAGAAAGAAUGUAACGUACCAUAACUGGCGACACGCCUUCAACACGUCCCAGUGCAUGUUUGCUGUGCUGAAGUCUGGUCGGCUACAGAAUAAUCUGAGUGACCUGGAGGUUUUAGCAUUGAUGAUUGCAACAUUGUGUCAUGAUUUGGACCACAGAGGUGUCAACAACUCUUACAUCAAAAGGAGUGAUCAUCCUUUGGCUCAGCUGUACUGCCAUUCCACAAUGGAGCAUCAUCACUUUGACCAGUGCCUCAUGAUACUCAACAGCCCAGGUAAUCAGAUUCUCUGCAGUCUUUCUCUGGACGAGUAUAAGGCCACUCUGAAAAUGAUUGAGAAGGCAAUUUUGGCCACUGACUUGGCCCUCUACAUGAAAAAAAGAACAGAAUUCUUCGAGCUAUCUAAGAACAGUCAGUUUGUGUGGGAAGACGACUAUCACAGAGAUCUCAUGAGGUCAAUGCUGAUGACUGCAUGUGAUAUCUCUGCAAUUACGAAACCCUGGCCUGUACAGAAGAGGAUAGCAGAGCUGGUUGCCACAGAGUUUUUUGAACAAGGUGACAAGGAGCGGAGAGAAUUAAACAUUGAACCUAUCGACCUGAUGAACAGAGAGAAGCAGGAUAAAAUUCCCACCAUGCAAGUGUCUUUCAUUGAUGCCAUUUGUAUACAGUUAUACGAGGCAUUGACUGGUAUCUCAGAGAGCUGCUUCCCUCUGCUGGACGGCUGUAGGAAGAACAGACAGAAUUGGAAAAUACUGGCUGAACAAGGAGAGGAAAGAGCGUCACUCAAGGGAGGACUGUGACGGCUGUGUUGACACGCAUGCUUUCUCGGACCAUCCACGUUCAUUCCCAGCCCCUUUUCCAGAGACUAAAGUAGAUUCAAUUACAAUUAUAAAAACAUUAACCACUCACAAUUUCAAAAAUGAAAGCGGCAUACAGGAGCAGGGUUUUGGAAGGUUGGGUUAAAGAUGUAGCAGAUGAAAGUAACUUCUUGAAUCGAGUGUACUGUGCUAUAAAAGACUUAUGAAGAGGAGAAGUAUGGAUGGGUCUUUACCUGUCCAGGUUAACCAAUGGGUACAAAAGAAGGUGAUUGAGGUUUUGAGAAACUGUGACUUAACUAUGCUGAUGCAAGGAAUGGUCCAGACAAGUUCAGCAUAUUGCAUACUGUUGAUAACCACAGAAAAUCAUUCCGACUUGUCAAGAAAUGUGUUUUUAUAUUUUACAAUACUGUGCUUACAAUGUAAGUCUAUGGUGCAAGACAUUCAGGAGGGUUAGAAAGCAGAAAUAGUAAAUAGUCUGCACUGAUAUAGCACCUUUUUAACCUUAGCGGUAUUCAAAGCACUUUACACUGUGUCUCAUUCACCCAUUCACACACACUCACACACCAAUGAUGGCAGAGCUGCCAUGCAAGGCUCUAAAGCCUGCCAUUGGGAGCAACUUGGGGUUCA